AUGGCUAUGAUGGACAAAUAUGGAUAAAUAGUUGGUGCAGAUUUUACAAGCAAGGUACGUGUUAUUAUUGAAGCAAGUGGGUUUAUUGAGAAGUAAAAUUUAUAUCCUCCUAUUUUAGAGGGUACUAGUAUUUUUGAUGUAGUUGGUGGAAUCGCUGUGAUUUCUGGUAUAAUUGCAGUUGGAGCACCAGGGACAUCAUAUAAACUUGUUUUCUCUUCUGAUGGAAUUGAUCUUAGCAAAGAUUCCAACAAAAUAGUUUUUAAAUAAGGAGGAAACCUAGAAUUUAAUAUAGAAAUUAAUCUUAGAGAAUGUGAGGUUGGAGAGUAAUUUACUGUUGUCGGUAAGUGUUAACUUUGUCAAGGUAGUUAUUCAUUAACCUAAAUGACUGAGCCUGGCAGUUGUGAAGUAUGCCCAAAAGAAAAAGCAAAAUGCUUAGGAGGUGCGAAAAUUGGGCCUCUUCCUGGGUAUUGGAGAAGAAAUAAUAAAUCUAACAGUUUCACUCAAUGUCUUUACGAACUCGCUUGCUUGGGAAUGAUUCCACCCAAAAAUAACAUUUUAGGAGAAUGUUUAAAGGGAUACUAAGGAAUAUUAUGUGCUGAUUGUGAAGUUGGUUUUUCCAGAGAUAAUGACUAUCAAUGCUCUUUGUGCCCUAAUCCUUUUCUAAAUGUUCUGAGAUUAAUAGCAGUACUGGCUGCAGUUAUAAUAUUGAUUGUAUUAAUGAUAAGGUCUACUUUAAAAGGAGCAAUGGAAAUUAAUAAUGUUACAAAUGGUCUUAGCAGAUAGUAUAAUAUUUUAGUUCAACAAACUAAAUAGCUACUGUAUCUACUUAAAUAUUUAGCUUUGACUGCUUUCUUGAUACAAGAAACCUUGAUAAAGUAUAAAAUGAUCUAGAAAUUGAGUGCUGGUCACCAGUUCACAAAGUUUACAGCUAUUUUUUAGCCUUACCAAGUAUUAUUGUUUGGGGAUUAGGGAUUCCUUUUUUUGCAUUUGUAAUUCUAAUAAAAAGAAGGAAAAAAUUACAUACGUUUGAUGUAUUACAAAGUUAUGGUUUUUUAUUCAGAGGCUAUCGAAAAGAAUAUUAUUUCUGGGAAAUAGUGA